GCUAAAGAAAAACAAAAAAAACGCGAGGCACCCCAGCGAAAAAGAGACCCGGUCAACAACCGGAACCGGAAGGGUCAACUCAAGGGCCAAGAGCCCAAGAUUCUUUAUUCUCUACUCUGUGCAGUGCGCACGCGCCGUCGACGACAUCGCCAUGGACGCACCGAGGGACCCCCCACCCGGGCGCGCGCGCGCGCCGCCACCGGGAUGGAGCGGCGAUUCCGCGUCCGGGCAGGGCACCGGCCCCGACGGCUCCUUGAGCAGGUACGGCUGGGAGUGGGCGUCGGGGCCUGGAGGCGGCUGGGGCUACGGCUACGGCCACAGCUCAGCGCAGAGCCCCGGCGGCACCGCGGCAGAGGGAUCGGCGUUCGGGUUCGGCUACGGCAGCGGCGGGGGAGGAGGCGGUGGAGGGGGGAGCGGGCGUGGAGGAGGAUUCGGCUUCGGCGGGCGCGGCGGCCACGCUGGAGGGUUCGGCUGGGGCGGCCGGCACGGCGGAUGGGGAGCCGGCGGUGGGGCGUUUGGGAGCGACCACGGCGGCUGGGGCAUGCGCGGAGGGUUCGGCGGUGGGAGGCAAGGGCAACGGCCGCCGCCGCGUGGAGGACGCGCCGGCCGCAAUUGACUCCGGGUCUGUAUGGUAUGGCGCGGUGUCGCUACCAGUAGUACCAGUAGCAGAGUGCGUGAUCUUGCUGGUCUCUCUCUCAGGCCGGUUCAACCUUUGUUGUCUUGAAGUGUUGAUGAUCAAUAGCAUGAUCAGGGUCUUGACCCUUGGAUUGGUUUAUAACUUUGAAUGCGCAAGUGAUUAUGGUGAUG